AUGAGACAAAAAGAUACCAUAUAUAAUAAAAGUCAUUUAAAGACUAAAAUAAAGAAGCCUUAUGAUUAGAGAUUGAUGGAGAGAUUGGCUAAUAAAAUUUAGAGAGUUGAAACACCAAAUUAGACUUAUUAGAAUAAAAUAUAAGAAUUUUAUUAAACAAUUAAUCAGAGCCAAUAAUAAAUCACUUAGACUGUUAUAGAAUCCAAACUAGAUAAAUUACAUGAAAAUUAUUAGAUAGAAUUGAAGAAAAGAGAAUUUACUUAGAAAGUAUUGUAUUUUGAAUCUACCUUAUGAGCACAUUCAAGAAAUAUUGAGACAGUAAAAAUUAUAUAGUCAAAGAUAAAUUGAAUUAUAUGAUAGUAAUUUUGAAAGACCUAGACAUAAAGAAAUUGAAGAAUCUUAUUAUAAGGAUCCAAAAUACUUAAAAAGAAAACAAAGUAGAUUGCAUGAUUAUCAAAAGAAUAAAUAUGAAGUAUAAUAUAUUUUGGAAUGUAUAGAAAUACUGGAAACUAUAGCCAAUGUUAGGUAAACUUUAGAAUUGA